CAAUGAGUGAUCUUAUCCACCUUUAGUUCAGUUACUACUUACGAAACCAUCUUCUCUUCUCUUCUCUUAAACCCUUCAAAACCCCACGACGAUGAUGACUACUGCUCCCACUACCUCUACUUUCUUCUUCCUCCUCUCUUCUCUCAAUCCCCACCCACCUCGCUCCUUCUUCAGACACAAACCACUCUUUAACAACCCCUCCCUUCUCCUGCGCCCUCCUUUGAGGUCUCCUCGACACUUAACCCGCGCCGACGAUGACGACGGCGACGGCGGCGGCCCCGACCACUACGAGAUGGACGAGGACGAAAUGGAGGAGCUCGACAACAAGAAGGACUUUGACAUCGAGUACGACCCCCUCGUCCCCGCCGCCGCCGCCGCCUCCGCCGCCGAUGACAACAUCGCCGUCGUCGAGAGCAAGAGCUUCGUGUCCACGCAGGGCUGGGACUCCGACACAGUCCUCGACUACAAAAUCAACGAGGACGAGUUCCACAAGAUCUGCCUGGUCGAUUGCGACUUCUUCAUUCGCAAGCCCCCCGACCCCGACAACGAUGUCUACGAUUUCAGAGAGAUGUAUGUUACUCCUCCGGAUACAGAUGUUUAUUCAAUUCCCAAGGUUCUCGCUCCAAUGCCGCAGAAGUACAUUAGAUGUGCGCAGAGUGAUUAUGGAAGCUACAAUGUGACAGAGCCACCUAUUGAUGCGCCUCGAGAUCCUCUGUAUAAAACUGAGAGGGAGAUCCUCAAGGUGUACUUGACAAAACACUACAAAAAUCGAAGGAAGGGUGAUCCUGAGUUUGUUCUUGAUUUUGAAGAGAUUUAUGUUAUUGAUUCCAAAACCAAGUCGAUUACCAGAGCCAAAGUUUUGGUAACAGCUCCUGGAGGGAGAACAAGAGAUAGAAGGAGUGACUUGCUUGUUAUAUCUGAUCGUGGGAGCUCCUUCAAAAUAAUACAUGCGAGUGAAAAAGAGGAUCCAACGACUGUCAUAGAAAAACAAGAGUGGGAGAAUAGCAGAGAAGAAAUGGAGAGACAUCUUAGAAAGCUAAGAGACUUCAGCAUUUCAAAUUGGUUUUGAGUGAUAAGAAGGUAUUCCUUUCCAAGAAUGCCUCAUGGGUAUAAACAGCAUGGUACAGAGGUCGAACUUGGGCACGAACAUACGGGCAAUUGGACUUAAUCUUUCACUUUUGAAAUUGUGUGCUAGCUGCUUGAUCGUUUGUAUAUUUUGUUGUAACUUGUUGAAGAUGCGGCUGUUGGAAUUCAAUAUCUAUGAGAGUGAUCUGCCGAUAUGCUGUUAUGACCUACACUACAGUUGAAUGUUCUCUGGAUGUAUACCUUGGUUUUUUCUCCAAACUCUGAUCAAACCUACUGAUUUAAGAAUGAGAAUAUAUUUGUUUUUCUUCACU